AUACUAGAUAUACUAUAAUUCUUCUUUUACUUGCCUCAUUAUAUCUUAACAGGCUGGUUUACUGUUUACAGUCCAUUACAAGUACAUAUUCAGCGAUAUGUCUAUACGCCCCUCUCACAUCGCUCGCUCUGACUACAUUAAUAAGGCGUUACGGACAUAUAUUUCCUGCCCCACGCUGCACUGCUGAAUCUAGACUAUAAAAUAGUACAAUAUUGUGUCGCUUUUCUUAGCCAUAACUGUGGAGCAUCUUGGCUGCCUCACAGUUCCACUGACCCGUACAAAAAGCGCAACCAUUUUGCCUUGCGGUUUGGAUUUUGCGCUGGAAAAAUUACCUUACAAGCGGAGGAACUAUGGCAGCAUGAAUGACAUGUAGUAAAGUUUUUAUGUAGUCAUAUUUAUGUAGUAUAUAUAGCGUCCGCUUUCCAAUGUCAUGAAUGUGUUAUUGUAUCUGGUCUUUAUGUGAGGUCAGAGAGAGUAUUCGAUAAUGAUAGUAUGUCCCACACUUACAGUUCCUGCAACUAGGUCGCAAUUACCCCAGAUUUGCAAUUUGCCAGAUGACCUCAUUGCAACCAUAAUAUCCAAUUUAAGUACAAAAGAUUUGAAGGCAUUAGCACAAGUAAAUAUUCCUUUCCGUUAUCAUUCCAAUGCAGUGUUGUAUAGAGAUAUCGUUUUAGUCGACGAUUAUUCCCUGUGGAAUUCUGAAGAGCCAUGCACCAAAUGUCAUCUUUCGAGCAUAGUAGCUUUAGCACAAGCAUUAAAUGAUGCUAGUAUUUUCCAACACGUAAGACUGAUAAAGAUAAGGAGCCAGUCAAAAUUGAAUGUGAACGAUUAUACCAACUUAUACCUGUCAUUGAAUAGUGUAUGGAAUGUAUCUGAUUCAUUAUAUCCCAUUCAGUUUGAGAACUAUGAUUACCCCAGCAUUGAAAAGCAUCACUCAUUGAACCAAUACAUUGCUAACCAAGCUAUAAGAUUCAAUCCAUAUAAUUGUUCAUAUGAAGCGAUUUCCGAUAAUAAGUUCUCCAAUGUGAUUGUUUUGCUGGAGACAGAUAUAGAUCAUUAUACGACUUAUACUUGUUUGCAACUGAUGUCAAUGUUAAUUCCUAACUUGUCUAGUAGGUCUAAUUCAAUAUUAAAUUGGACAAACAUGUGUCAGCUCCAGCAUUUAUAUUUAGAUACACAUGCUUCUACUGAGUUUUUGCUUCAGCAGUUUAAUUCUAAUUGUAGUCAAUUGAGUUUGAGAUCAUUGGCUAUUUCACACACACAUAGUGGCACUUCAGAAUUAACCAUGAGCCAAAUAAGUCAAAUUAUCGAUUUCUCCACCAUUGAGAAACUAGAAUUAAGAUUGGGGUGCAUGCAUCAUGGAUGUACUUGCAUUGUUAAUUUUAUUUCUCAUUUGAAUAGUGCUGAAUUAAUGCCUAAUUUGGAAUCAUUCACCUUAACAAACUUGGGAUCAGAUGCUCGUAGUGCUUCACAGUUCAAAAUAGUCAUAAAUGAAACGAAUUUCAAAUGGCAAUCAUUACGCUCAAUAUAUAUUCAGUUUACUAAUUUAAAUUAUCUGGAUUGCACCCUUUCCAUGACAAAGUUUAUUAAUAAUAUCAAGAGUAUUCCUACUUUGCAAGAGAUAACUAUUCCAGAUUUCCUCGCUACAUACUGGACCAGCAACCGGUUCGACAGAUUAACUACAGGAUGUGAAUGCAAUCAGUGUAUAAGCUGCAAGAGGUUGUUUAAUGAUCUUUCCUACUAUGAUUCUACCAAUCACUUCAAACACGACUUCAAGUCCAACCACUACAAUAAUAUGCCCACUACAUCGAACCUCAGUCUCAGUCUUAUUACUAAGAACCAUAACAAUAUUCGAUUCUUACAAUACUUAGUAUCACAGCUUCAGAGUCAAUUCAGAAGUGAUCCACACUAUUCAUUACUUGAACAACCAUAUUGUUAUGUUACCAAUCAUUACAUGGAAUCAUUCGUUAAAUUAUUCACGCACAACUAUCUACAAUCAGUACACCAACAAGUACUACAAGCAAUUCCCUCUAUACAAACUAUAAACUUAGGAGGAAUCCCCCUUAAGUAAGUGCCCUAAUCUCCCUAUAUAGUAAAAAUCUAAGAUGUGUAAUGUGUAAUGUGUAGUAUAGCCUAAUGUGUAUAUCAGCAAAUGUACAAUUACAAGUGGGG